GAGCAGCGAGCGCAGCGCGCUUUUGAAGAGCUCACCGGUGCAGCAUGGGAAACCACGCUGGAAAGCGAGAGUUAAGCCCUGAGAAGGGCAAUAAGGAUGGUGAAACCAACAAAGGAGAGUCGGAGAAAAAGAGAAACCUUCACCACCUUUCCCAGGAGACCUCAGAGGACAAUGACGUGUUUGGAGAGGCAGAUGUGGACCAGAACAAUGGGAGCCCCUCUCAGGACACAGCGGUGACAGACUCCAAGCGCACAGCGGACCCAAAGAAUGCCUGGCAGGAUGCCAACCCAGCUGACCCAGGGGGCCGCCCCCACUUGAUCCGCCUCUUUUCCCGAGAUGCCCCGGGGAGGGAGGACAACACCUUCAAAGACAGGCCCUCGGAGUCAGACGAGCUUCAGACGAUCCAAGAGGACAGUGCAGCCGCUCCCGAGGGCCUAGAUGUGAUGGCGUCACAGAAGAGACCCUCCCAGAGGCACGGAUCAAAGUACCUGGCCUCAGCAAGCACCAUGGAUCACGCCAGGCAUGGCUUCCUCCCGAGGCACAGAGACACGGGCAUCCUCGACUCCUUGGGGCGCUUCUUUGGCGGUGACAGGGGUGUGCCCAAGCGGGGCUCAGGCAAGGUACCCUGGCUCAAGCAGAGCAGGAGCCCUCUGCCCUCUCAUGCCCACAGCCGGCCCGGGCUGUGCAACAUGUACAAGGACGGACAUCACGCAGCGAGAACCACCCACUAUGGCUCCCUGCCCCAGAAGUCGCGAGAUGGCCGGCCCCAAGACGAAAACCCUGUAGUGCACUUCUUCAAGAACAUUGUGACGCCUCGUACACCUCCUCCAUCGCAAGGAAAGGGGCGAGGACUGUCUCUCAGCAGAUUUAGCUGGGGAGCCGAGGGGCAGAAGCCGGGAUUUGGCUACGGAGCUAGAGCUUCCGACUACAAAUCGACUCACAAGGGACUCAAGGGGGUCCACGACGCCCAGGGCACGCUUUCCAGAAUCUUCAAACUGGGAGGAAGAGAUAGUCGUUCUGGAUCGCCCAUGGCUAGACGCUGAAGCCCUACAGCCUGUUACGGAAGCCCGUCCUCAGCUUCUUAAUAUAACCCUUACGAUUUUAAUACCGUUCGCAUAAAUUACCUAGUUGUAGCAAAUGACCUCUUGCUAAUGCCUGUUGAGUUGUGCACACAGUAGGGUCAGGCACACUGCAUCCUACUGGCAAUUUCUGGCCAACAGCUAAACGGAGAAAACGCAGAUAGAAAAUGGUUAAACUCUUCCUUUACGUUUGAAGAGACAGUGUUCUCGGAGUUUCAUUCCACUGCCUCGUGCCCGGCCGCCCCGCGGAGUUGGUGCGGCCCGGCGCACGGCCGUCCCUCCAAGUUCGUUCGCCCCUCCAUCCUUGGACUUGCUUUGCGCCACUGACCUGGCAUCCCCCGCUUUUCGGGCACUGCCGUGGAGACACACUGCCGUGGAGAUGGGACAUGAGCAGGGUGGUGAGGACUGUGUUGAUCCGCGCUUCCUUUGGUUUCUUUGCUGCCCUUCUCUCACCUCCUAAAGUUCACUUUAUUUUCCUAACAGGAUUGGGCAGUCAGGAGUGGCUUCACACCCGUGGGGAGCUUUUGGUACGUGAAAGGCGGGCGGGCAGCUGUGAGGAGUCCAAUGUGGUGGGCGCGAGAGGGGGCGCCUCCAGGCGGGCGCUCACCACACCCCAGUGAGCUGAAUUCGUGCGUGGCAGAGAGGGGACAAGGGGCACACGUGGGCUGGGCGACGGCCUCAAACAGGAAACAGGGUCUUCUUGGAAAUUAGGUGACGGCGCAGCAGGAACCAGAGCGGCCUCUACAGACGACCUGUUUCCUAACCGGAGCCCCGGAGGAGAGUUCAGGGCGACUCGCGCAUCUCAGAGCGGGACUGUGGGAGUUUUCUGGGCAGCCCGGCAUGUCCCACUGGUCACUGUGGAGAGGGGAGGCGACCAGUGGUACGCUCAUCACGGCAGUGCACAUCGGCAAAUACUAACCCCAGUGGAAAGAUAACCAUCCCUCUGCUUGCUCCUAGAGACGCCGUGCUUAGUGACUAGGCUUAGGAACAUACCCGUCCCUGGUCCCCCGCCCAGGGCAUGGCAGGGCCUGGACGCCCACACGAGGAGGGCAGAGAGCUCCUCCCAGUCGCAGUCUCUUCUAACGCCAGCUGACAUUCCCCUGCUCCCCCUCUAACAUACUGAGUCCUGCCUUUUGAUUUCAGCCUGUCUGUCACAGGCGUCCCAAAGAGCCCCACGCUGGCAUCAUUCUCCCUUAGGACAAAGACCAGGAAUAGUAGACAUAGGCCAAAAGCUUCUCUUUAAUCCCGUUCUAAUUCUGAAUGUUUAGUGUGGGUUUCCUAUAAUGUCUAUUAAUAUCUAGCCUCAAUGAUGAGAGGGUGAAAAAACAAAAAGGCACACAAUUUCGGAAACGAAACCUCCACCUUGCUCCACACACGCACUCUGCAUCUUCGAGCUGGUUGUUGACUGAGUGCCCUCUGUCCGUGGCUACACCCAACAGCAAGUGCUGUAUGUUGGGUCUCAUGGGAAGUAUACACUGUUCUCAAAUAUUGAAAUAAAACAAUAAACUUUUAAUGGUA